AUGUCAGCAGACCAGAUCUUGGAAAAGUUGGAUGAGGGAGCUCAGGAGCUUACCAUAAAAGAGGAGUACCAAUUAUGGAGGAAAAAUUGUAGAUAUAUGUAUCAAUUUGUGACUGAGACUGCCCUUACUUGGCCUUCACUUACAGUUCAAUGGUUACCAGAACAUUCCAUAGAUGAAGACACCGGAGCAAUAGAUGCCAAGUUGCUUCUUGGAACACACACUUCGGGUGAAGAUAAAGACUUUUUGAAAGUUGCAUCCACUCAACUACCAUCAAGCAAAUCAUCGGGUGGAAAUUCUCGAAUUAAAAUCACGAAAAAGUUUCAAAAUUCAUCUGAAAUCAAUAGAGCUAGAUACAUGCCACAAGACCCACUGACUGUGGCUACCAUCAAUGGCUUGGGUGAAGUAGACCUCUACCGUCUUGACGAUGAUAAGAAGUCCAGUAGUGUUCAAUUUAAGCCACAUACUGAAAAUGGGUUCGGUUUAGCUUGGAGUCCACAUAAAAAGGGUCAUUUACUUACAGCAUCAGACGAUAAGACUGCAGUAAUUACAGAUACCCUGGUCAAGUCUAGUGAAAGUAUUGUUGUACGUAGUACAUCCCACACUGACGUUGUGAACGAUGCGAAGUUCCAUCCAUUUGAUGAAAAUCUUUUUGGUACAGUAUCUGAUGAUAAAUAUACAUACAUUUUCGAUAUUAGAGAUGGUGCUACCAAGCCGGUAUUGAGCUACUAUAGUGAAGAUUCCAAGGGAAUUAAUUCAUUGGCAUUUUCACCAUUUUCUCAUAAUCUUUUAGCAACUGGGAACACAAAUUCUAACAUUAGCAUGUUGGAUUUAAGAAAUAUGAAACUUUUACAUACCUUGAUGGGCCACAGUGGAAGUAUUUCAAGUUUGGAGUUUUCCCCUCAUCGUGAUGGAAUCUUAGCUUCUGGAUCAGAAGAUAGAAGAUUGAUAUUAUGGGAUUUGUUUAAAGUGGGUGAAGAACAAGCACAAGAAGAUGCUGAAGAUGGGUGUCCAGAGCUCUUUAUGAUGCACGCUGGGCAUACCGGGGCUGUCAUGGACUUGAACUGGUGCCCAUACCGUGAUUGGACUCUUGCUUCAGUGGCAGAUGACAAUAUUGUACAUUUAUGGGAAGUUGGAAAGAGUAUUUUAGAUGAUAAAGUUGAAGUUGAUGAAAAGGAGUUGGAAUAA